AUGGGGACCCUGGAAUGGCCAAUGCCUCGCGUGUACGAGAUCCUCCUCGGCAAAGGGUACCCUGAAAUAGUAAAGUUUCUUCUUGCGAGGGGAGCUGAUGUCAAUGCAGUAUCAGAUCUUCGGACAGCCCUCACGGAUGCUGCUAUUAGAGGAUUUCCUAGUGUUGUCAAGACCCUUUUGGAGCACAAUGCAGAUGAACUAUUCAAAUUAUUUCCCAACAAGGCUAAUUGUCAGUUUGGCCCUUUAAGCAUGGCAGUACAAAAAUCUUCUGUAUCCUGUGUGAAGCUAUUGAUUCAGGGUAUAGGUGGAGCUAAUGUCAGUGGUGAUAGUCCUCGGGAUAAUCUUUUGGUAAAGGCUGCAGAGAAGGGCUUAACUGAAGCUAUCAAGUGCUUGUUGGAAGCUGGUGCAAACCCAAAUGUUCCAAACAUGUUUCAGUACACUUGUGUUAUACCGAUAUGCUACAACUGUAUGAGUUAUGUUUUUGGUAGAUUGCCAAUAGAGUUGGCUGCUGAGUAUGGUACACAGGAAGAUGUUGAGAUUCUCUUUCCGUUCACCUCACCCAUUUCAACUGUGGAAAAUUGGAGCGUUGAUGGAAUCAUUAGUCAUGUGAAGAUGGAAAUCAAGCAACUAGAGGAUGACAAUUUUGUGAAAGAGAGGGUGUCUGACCUGAAACGACAAGCGGAUGAAGCAUUCAAAAAGCAGGGUUAUUUAAAUGCAUCAGUGCUCUACACACAGGCACUGAAGAUGGAUAACUUCGACGCUAAGUUGUUGUCAAACAGGAGCCUUUGCUGGCUUCGCAUGGGUGAUGGACAAAGGGCUUUUGAUGAUGCAACUAAAUGCAAAAGGCUGCGCCCAAAGUGGGCAAAGGCGCACUAUCGGCAAGGAGCAGCUCCCAUGUUUUUUGCAAUGUUAAUAGUUCUGUAA